UUUUAAUUAGCAUAAUAGUAUCAGCAUAAAAGCGGUGUGUCUGUUCCACGUUGUUUUAUGGCAUCGUGUGUAUCUGCUGAUAUAAGAAAAAGAAACUUUUAACGUGUUCAACCCCCAGUGUAGCAGAACCAAGGUGUCUGGUUUUGCUUGUCUGUGCUCGUCGACUCCUGAUUACAUUGAUUACACGCGGGAUUCUCCAAGCAUGAGCAAGACAUUACCUACCGCAAACGAGGAGAAGAAGCCUCUCCUAGAGACCGACACUCUUUUUGUGGAAACAAGGACAAAGCAAAAAUCCUCUUGCUUUACAAUUUUCUUCGUUGUGGUGUUGAUUCUUGGGCUGACUGGCCAAAAUGUUACUCUGCCUUUGUGGAUCGACUCAACUAUCGACACUCAUAAUAGCACUAAUUCCACAUCGGAUAAUUACAAACCGUUUGCCGAUCAAUAUUUCUAUGUACUUCUACCAUCCUUUGCUUACGCACUAAUCUUUGGAAGCGCUCAGCUAAUCAACACUUUAAUUCAACCUCAAGAAUAUCAUCAGAAGUUCCGGCGAGUACCCAAGAUAUAUCUACUGCCGGCGGCGUGCAUGUUUGGUGCCGGGGGAACCUUUAUCACUUUUGCAGCUAGUGGCACAAGGACCGCACCUUAUCUUCAAUCGAUAUUAACAAAUAUUGGGAUACCAUCAACUUUGAUCAUAAGAUAUUUUGCCUUGAAAAAGAUCCCGACCCGACGCAAACUGAUAUGCGCUCUAACAACGUCCCUCUCGCUGUUCAUCUGCCUUUUUCCGUCUAUCGUCCCAAGCAUCGACCCGGUGAAGAGCAAGGCAAAAGGGGGUGCAGAAGGCGUGGCAGGAGUGCUCUGGCCCCUCUGUUUUAUGCUUGGUUUUGUCUGUUCUUCUGUGGCCAAUAUUUUGGAGGAACGUGCAUUCACUGCAAAGACCCCAGAUGGUGAUAAGCCUCCCGAUAUUAUUCACGCUGUGUGCUGGGUUGAGUUCUUCAUGUUUGUAUUUCUACUCCUGUGCUUUUGGAUUGACGCCAUUCCUGGGUUCGGAAACGUCAGUAGCAUCUCGCAUGUCGGUCAAAACCUCGUGUUUGGUAUCAAGUGCUUCUUUGGCGGGGGUGGAUGUUCUUCUAGAACUGGUCUUUUGGGAGCCCUGUUUAUCUCUUUAUUCGCCCUGUACAUCGCUGGCGCUAACUACAUGAUUAACCACGAAGGCGCUACGUACCUUGUCAUCGUGCAAUCCGUUGUCACGCCGCUAGGGUUCUUUUUCUGGACACUGUUUAAAGAGCAGCCCAGUUUUCACUGGGGCCCGGCCGUCAGCGUCACUACGUGGUUUAACAUUGUAGGCCUGUUCAUCAUGGUGCCGUCCAUAUACCUGUACAACACAGGGCCUCCAGAGAAAACAGCAAAUUCAAAUGAUGAGAAAAACAAAUUAUUGUCAGAAAACGGUGAUUUAGCUGAUGGCAGAUAUCACGUAAUUUAAAUAAGCAAUGCACACGAUUAAUCGUUCAUUUGUUUUCCUUUUUAACAGUUUUUUUAAAACGUUAAAAUGAUUUAUUUAAUUUAUAGCAAUUAUAUAAUACUGAAAAAUAUUUAUGUUACCAAUUCAAGUUCGAAAUCUAGGAAGAAAGUAAAUCGGUUCGAUUUAGUUCUAAUGCCCUCAAAAGGGUUUUAAGCAAGACCAUUUUAGUGCUGAAGGGAAUGACUGGGAAAAAAAUCUUUAAAAAAAGUUUUUGAUAUUUGACAGGUCGGAGUAAUUCUUUGUUAAAAACUAGGUCUCCAAGGACUAAUGGUUAAACCAUUAGUAGCAAAAUUAUAAAGCAGGGAAUGAUUUAGUGAACUCUUCCAUCAGAUAAUGGUAAUUUUACUUUCCUUUAUACUGAUGGUCGUUCAGAUUUUUAUUUUUUAAUUAUUGUAAAAUGUUAUAUUCAAGUUUAUAUUUUUAAACAUUAGAACAGAGCCAAACUAGCUUAAUUGUUAAUAGCGUCUCCGGAGAGAGCGGCAUGGCCAAAUAAUGAUGUACUUAUGUAAUAAGUUGCUGUUUUUUUUUUGGGGGGGGGGGAAGGGUGGCUAACCCUUUGGUGUUAUCUGUGACACGGCAUGUUUUCAGCAUGUAGGCUAGACUUUCUUAUAAAAAAAUGUGAUGAGAUGUGCAUUAACAGCUCUAAGAUCAGAAGAAAAUUGACACAUGCUUCGCAGGCUACUUUUUACUAGCUGCGUAGGAGCCAAAUUUUGCAGGUGAUUGAAACAAAAAAAUGAUUCGAUGGCCCCCUCUAAAAGCCACUUACGUCUAAGAAGUUUGCGCCACCUUUAUUUAUUUUAUUUAUUUAGAGGCUUCCUCCACGCUUAUAUAUAAAGAUAUACAACAACAAAAUACAUUAAAAAUAACAGACAAGAAUAAGUGCAGAGAGGAGAAGGCAAACGGACACGAGGUCCCGCCGAGGCCUGCCCCGACACUACGGAUACUUGAGCACUUAUCGAUAAAA